AUGUUCCCCUAUUCCCAGCUUGUAGUACUAAUCACAAAAGUAUACGCCACGUUGGCCAGUGCAGUGCCAGCAAAGAGCGAAGCCUAUGCCAAGACAGCAGCUAAAAAUGAAAGUGAAAAAGCCAAAGUUAGCCACUAUUUUCUGCACGAGCCUUAUGGUCCCAAUACCUAUGCCUUUGGCUAUGAGAUCGAUGACCCGCAAACGCACAACACACAGUUCCGUGAGGAACGACGCUUCGUGAAUGGCAGCAUCCAGGGCAGCUACGGUUAUGCCCGCCCCGAUGGAGUCAUCCAGGUCACCCAGUACACAGCGGAUGAGCAGAAAGGUUACUCUGCCCAGAUGCACAGCUUCAAAGAAGGCGAUGAAAAGCUAAAGGCAGUAUGGCCCACCCAGAGACCCGAUAUCCUGGUGGACAGAAGCAAGAUGGAGUCUCCUACCAACAUUACCUGGGAUCCUAAAAGCCACCUCAAUGUGACCGUGUCCCAUGUGGCGGAUCAUGUGGCUCAGCAACUGAAAGAGCAGCAUGGCCUCGACUUGAACCACAUUGAUGUGACUAAGGAUGUUCUAAAGCCAGCUGUGCUCGAUGUGAUCCAGGGCAAGACUCCCAGCCGUGUUAUGCCGGUUCAAAAUGUGAUACCUCAGCAGUUUCCCCUUGUUCCAUUCCAACUGGCAGUAGAACAGGAGGUCAGUAAGGCGACCACCGAGUCCAGCAAGUCUGCAGAACCCCAGAAAUCGGAGAGUUCCAAAUACCACAAAGCAAAGACAAACAAUGCAGAGAAGGCUCCGCAGGUAGAGGAGCCAGAGUCCAGCCUGCCACCUCCUAAGCCACUGGACAAUGCUACUCCCAGCCAUGCAAAUUGGCAACAGCGAACAAUUGAAGCGAAUCGGAGGGAAUUCCUGGCCAAUAUACCCGAUCUAAGUGAAGCCAGGCCAAAGUAAA